UAAGUCUUCUUCGUCUGAACCGUUGGAAUCUUGCUAUCAGUAUUCCGAGACCGGUUUUCCAUAGAGGACGACAUAACUGAGUUGCUCUGUGAUAAACGCUCGCGUCAACCGAUUUUCUUUGAUCAUUCAAAUCGUCUACAUAAUCUAACUCAAAAUGCGCGAAUGUAUCUCAAUCCACGUUGGACAAGCCGGAAUCCAGAUUGGAAACGCCUGCUGGGAACUGUAUUGCUUGGAACAUGGAAUUCAGCCAGAUGGUCGGAUGCCUUCUGAUAAAGUAGCUGGUGGAGUCGACGAUUCGUUCAACACUUUUUUUUCGGAAUGUGGAUCGGGCAAACACGUCCCACGAGCGGUUUUUGUCGAUUUAGAACCCACAGUAGUUGACGAAGUUCGUACUGGAACUUACCGCUCGCUGUUUCACCCUGAGCAGCUGAUUACCGGAAAGGAAGACGCUGCAAACAACUAUGCCCGAGGCCACUACACAAUAGGAAAGGAAAUCGUCGACGUUGUUCUUGAUCGUGUCCGCAAAUUAUCGGAUCAAUGCACUGGGCUUCAGGGCUUCCUUAUUUUCCAUUCCUUUGGUGGAGGCACUGGUUCCGGGUUUACCUCACUUUUAAUGGAACGUCUCUCAGUUGAUUACGGAAAAAAAUCCAAAUUGGAGUUUGCCAUCUACCCAGCUCCACAGGUGUCCACUGCCGUCGUCGAACCAUACAACUCCAUUUUGACCACCCAUACUACUUUGGAACAUUCUGAUUGCGCUUUCAUGGUCGAUAACGAAGCUAUCUAUGAUAUUUGUCGUCGCAAUCUAGACAUCGAGCGUCCUAGCUACACCAAUUUGAAUCGUCUGAUUGGUCAAAUCGUCUCUUCCAUCACAGCUUCUCUUCGCUUCGAUGGCGCAUUGAACGUCGAUUUGACCGAAUUCCAGACGAACUUGGUCCCUUACCCUCGUAUCCAUUUCCCAUUGGUAACUUAUGCCCCAGUUAUUUCCGCUGAGAAAGCUUACCAUGAGCAAAUGACGGUUGGAGAUAUCACUAAUGCAUGCUUCGAGCCUGCCAAUCAAAUGGUGAAAUGUGAUCCUCGUCAUGGCAAAUACAUGGCCUGCUGCAUGUUGUAUCGCGGUGACGUAGUUCCCAAAGAUGUCAAUGCUGCUAUUGCCACCAUUAAAACUAAACGUUCUAUCCAGUUCGUUGAUUGGUGCCCUACUGGUUUUAAAGUCGGUAUCAACUAUCAGCCGCCGACCGUUGUCCCUGGUGGUGAUUUGGCUAAGGUUUCCCGUGCUGUUUGCAUGUUGUCCAACACUACUGCUAUCGCUGAAGCUUGGGCUCGUUUGGAUCACAAAUUUGAUCUCAUGUACGCUAAACGUGCUUUUGUUCAUUGGUACGUUGGAGAGGGCAUGGAGGAAGGAGAGUUUUCCGAGGCCCGUGAAGAUCUCGCUGCCCUCGAGAAGGAUUACGAAGAGGUUGGUAUGGAUUCCGUUGAGGGAGAAGGAGAAGGUGGCGAUGAAUACUGAUUUCAACGUUACGUUAAAACUAUUGCCAGGAAGAGACAAUUUUGUUUAAUAUACCGGCAUAUGUAUUUGUUGCUUGCUUACUUGUUCUUUGCUGUUCCACUUGCUCACAAUUAAAAUAAAAAUUCAUCACUGAUA